AUGUCUGCUUCAGCUACCCAAGGCGGCCGUAAGAGAGUUGUUCACCAACUUGACACUCCCUUUUCUACUGUUUCUUGGCCCGAUGUCUCAGCAGAAGAUCAAGACACUAUACUGGAGCUCCUGUGCGACAAGCGAUCAGAGGGUAAGCGUGCAGCACAAUUGGCGAAAGAAACCAAGAAGACAGGGGAUGGUCUAGAGCAACCUGCUGUGCCGCCAAUGCCCGAGAUUGAGGCCAAUAUAGAUGUCGGACUCAAUUCGAUCACCAGGAAUUUCCAGUCUUGGUCGUCCAAGGAUAACAACUCUAUAGAAAACGAAGCCAAAAGGCUGUAUUCUAUGGUUUUCGUAGCGCGAGGCAAUCAGGCUUCGACAUUCAACUGCCAUUUUCCGCAAAUGAUUGGGACUGCAACAAAUCAACUUCCUGAUGACGGCCAGAUUCGCCUGGUUGGAUUUUCAAAGCCAUGUUCAGAGCGCCUGAGCGCCUGCUUGGGAGUUCCCAGAGUGUCAUCUAUAGCCAUUGUCAAGGAUGCUCCUGGAGCCGGGGCGUUGCAGGAGUUUGUUCGGAAGACAGUGGCAAAAGUGGAAACAUCAUGGCUGAAUGCAUCUUCAAGCACACAGUAUCUUGCUCCCAAGAUCAACGCUAUUGAGACUACAGUUGGACCCAAACGUGCACGGAUUGAAUAG